UUAUUGAACCAAGAAAACACAUUGACAGUGAUUGACACCAGUUAAACGUGUCACCACGACAACUUGUCGGCCGGCCGGCCGGCUAGCCGGCUACUGACUAAAAACUUGCAUUCGGAAAUGUAUGUAAACGACUACGAACGCCGAUGACAACUUGGCCGAAAUCGCCACAGAAAAUGACAAUUUAUUCAGCCAUACCGCCGCCCCUACAGGAACCACAACUACGGAAUCUCAGCACGCUAAGUUGGCGAGUAUUCCAGGCCGCCAAAAACGGUAAGCCCAUUACUUUGGGGGCGUUGCUGCACGAUAAGUCGCCGUCCAUCAUCAACCUGGUGUUGUCUGAAUCGGUCGAGAGCGAUGACUACCGAUGCACUGCCCUUGUCGCCGCAGCCAGAAAUGGACACAACACGGUGGUCAAACUUUUGCUUGACCAGUAUGGCGUUGAUACUGAACAGACAGGGACAGUCAAGUUCAAUGGUUACGUCAUCGAUGGCGCCACAGCGCUGUGGAGCGCUGCGGGGGCGGGCUAUUUUGAGGUCGUCAAAACAUUGGUGGAUCACAAUGCCGAUGUCAACCACGCAACAGUGUCGGACUCCACUCCGUUGAGGGCAGCAUGCUAUGAUGGGAGGCUGGACGUGGUCAAGUGCUUGGUGCAAAAUAAAGCUGACAUCCACAAGCCAAACAAGUACGGAAACACGUGCCUAAUGAUUGCAAGUUACAAGGGACACGGUGACGUUGUGGAGUACUUACUGACUAACGGAGGCGAUGUGAAUGCGCAGGCUAACUGCGGUGCCACGGCGAUGCACUUCACGGCUGAAUGCGGCAGGCUGGAGAUUGUGAAACUCUUGGUCAGGCACAAUGCCAAGAUGCUCACAAAUGAACACGGGCUUGCACCCCUCAUGGUCGCCUGUGACAAUGGCAUGGCUGAGGUUGCAGAAUUUCUGAUGUCAUUACCAAAGGUGACUAAAAUGGAAAAAAUCCAGGCUUUGGAAUUGCUUGGCGCAUCCUUUGCAAAUGACAAGGAGCACUAUGACAUUGCCAAGACGUACCACUAUUUCUACUUGGCCAUGCUGCACAGACACAUGGAUUCCGAGGAUGUCAUCGUCAAAGAGAUGUGCGAACCAUCCCCUGCGUACAGCAAUCACCGAGAAUGUGUUACCCUACAGGAGCUGAAGGACAUCAAAGGGGAAGACUUUGCACUCCAGAUGCAAGCGUUGAUCAUCCGAGAACGUAUCCUGGGGCAGCAGAAUCCUGACUUGCUGCAUCCGAUCAUCUUCCGAGGGGCAGUGUGUGCAGACAGCAUGCAGUUCAGUCACUGCAUCUCCUUGUGGAUGCAUGCCAUGGAUGUCCGGCAUCGCCUCAACCGCUCCAUCCAAAAGGACCUCCUACGCUUCGCUCAAGUCUUCUCACAGAUGCUUCACAUUGGAGAUGACGUACCCUUCCAGGACAUCUACCACAUUCUCGCUGUGGCCAUCCUGGAGAUUGAGAGCUGGCAGGCCAAGCUGAAAUCAACCCAGGAUCAGUCAGAUAGGAAGUCCCUACAGAGCGUCCUCGAAGCCGACAUUCUCACCACGCUGUACGUUCUGAUGGUCAUGAUGAACAAGCAAGUCAACAAAACAAAAAACCAGGAAUACCAGUUCAAGAAGCUGGUAUACCGAUUGGUUUCGCUCAACCCAAGGACUGCGAAUGGAUGCACACCCCUGCAUAUGGCCGUCAACCAACUCACUCUGGUGGACGAUUUCCACACAAACAACAUCUGCUACUUCCCAAGCUACAAACUCGUGGAGCUGUUGCUGGAGUGUGGCGCAGACCCCAAUGCCUCCGACAAUUUUGGGGACACACCCCUGCAUGUCGUUGUUCAGUACAACAAACCUAUCAGCGAUUUUACGACCUUACAUUCCAUCAUUGUACUCAUGGCGAGCAGGGGCUGCCAUCUGGACCAGACGAAUAACGAAGGAAAAACUGCAUGUGAUAUAUCCACCACGAAUGUGGCAGAAAUUAUCCUCAUUGCCCUAAUGAAACCAUCUCUAAAGUGCAGUGCAGCUAGGACCAUUAAGAGGCACGACAUAAAGUACAAAGGGCUUGUUCCACAGACUCUAGAGAGCUUUAUAGAGAUGCAUUGACCUGACCGUGUGUGUUUUUUACCUUCAAAAAUCUUAACAAAUCAACACUUCAUUUGGUGUUAAAAACAUUGUCAUGACAAAAUUAUACAUGCACUUGUACUGGUUCUUUCCUCGGUGAUUCCAUUUAUUAGUGUAUUUAAAUGAAAGAAUUUCAGUACAAGAAGUUCAUCAAAAAUUGCAGUCUGAAAAGUCUGAAACCUACCUGUGUUAUAUGCAGCCUUUCAUGUGGAAUUCCUAUAAUAAAUGCACGAAAUGGGCGUGAGAUUUAUAGCCAGUAAAAAGACAAAUCUAUUUUGAUGUCCAAUUGU